CAAAAGUUUGACGAAUUUUGCAUAGUGGAUAAACAGAAUUACAAUUCAUUUAAAAGGUCGCUCUUGUCAAACCGUGUCUUUCACUUUCUUACUCGGGAAAUACGUGUAUGUUAUAAGGGCAAAAGACAAUUUGUAUUUUUUUGUUAUGUGACUUUUAAAUCACAAUGGAUUUUUUAAUUGGAUUUCUAUCGCUGAUUUCGUUACUAGUUUCAGUACAUGGAGAAUGUUUUGGUGAAGCUGAUCUUGUUAUAGCUAUACCAGGAAGUUAUGCUGUACCUUAUGCCGACUUCACACCAUUCGAGGAACACAUUGUCGAGCUACUCAGAUACUUCUCGAUAGAACCAGAUCAGUUUAACAUUGGUCUCGUGCUGUAUGGAGAACAUACUGUUACCAUAGCUACACCACAACCGUUUAAAACCCGGGUGCAAAUGAAUACAAGAGUGUCAUUAAUGGCCAAUAGAGAUAUACACGUCAUCAAGAUGGGCAGGAAGCAGAAUCUUGCAAAGGCUAUUCGAGAAAUACGACACAUUUUGACCAAGCCACCAGAUGGCUACGACUUAAACAUACUUCGACCUUAUGCCCGAAAAAUAGGCGUAGUAUUUGCUUACGGACCAACACCACCCGAUGAAAUUCAAAAUGUUAUAACUGCUGCUACCAAAGCCAAAAACGAGGAUGGUAUACUUAUGUACGCACUUAUCGCCAAUGGUUCGGCGGAGGACUUCCCGUUGAUCGGAACAGAUUAUUGUAGACUUUUCUCAAUGCUGGAUUUCAAGUCCAAGCUAGUUGAUGCAAUACAAGAUUUGGCUUACGGCAUUUGUUCCUCACUUUCACCUGUACCAAUGAUCAACUCAACAAAUUGUUUCCCUGGAACGUACAGAAAGUCUCGCAAAAUUGCUGUCACGUGCCAGGUAGAGGAUAACAUGGUCCAACCUGACCCCAAUAAUUGCCACUACUACUAUAGGUGUGCCUACUUUGACACAUCUCCGAUCAAAUUUGCAUGCCCUGGGGAUACACUUUACGAUCCUAUCUCGGGAAUAUGUAACAUGAAAACAAAUGUAGCUUGCUACAACGACCUUGUAUGUCCAACAGACAGGCCCAUGUUACAUCCCCAUCCUUUAGAUUGUAGCAAAUUCGUUAACUGUUACAAUGAUUUUAUUCCCCACGUGCAAACAUGCCCACGUGGACAAGUGUUUGACCUCUUGCAUCAGUCAUGCAACAUGACAACGUUUGGAGCCUGCAUAACUCCCCUGAAUCACAUAGAACCUGUAACACCUGCCCCUGCCAUUGCUCCUCCCGUUAUACCAAACAACAAUUUGUUUGGAUUAAAUGACUUUGCAAUAAAUCCAAAUAACAAUUUGUUAGGACUAAACAAUGCUAUACAACCAAAUGAUAAUUUGUUAGGACCAGGUAACAAUGCGGUAAAACCAAAUGAAAAUGUGUUAGGUAUAGGUAACAAUGUUAUACAACCAAAUAAUAAUUUGUUAGGACUAAAUAACAUUGACUCUUUGGUAGGACAAAAUAACAAUAUGUUUGGCAUAGAUAAUAACAGGCAAGGACAAGGACCAGUGAAUAACAAUAGAGUAAGACCAAAUAAAGAAAGAGAAAGAUUUAAUUUCAAUAGAGACAGACAACAUAACAGCAGAGACAGAUUUAAUAACAAUCGAGUAAGACCAAAUAACAAUAGAAUGAGACCAAAUAACAAUAGAGCAAGACCAAAUAAUAAUUUCAGAUUGAAGUAGUUGAAGAAAUAUCUUUCUAUAGACCAUAAGAAUCAGGUGUUUAGAAAGGGUUAAAAGUAAAUAAACGUAAAUGUAUUAGAAAUUUACUAUUUUGUAAGGCACUUGCUUAUAAUUUGUAAAGGUAUGACAAAUGUUCAGAUAAAAUGAUUUAUUUCUUAUGUAUUAUGAAAUCAAAGGUUGUGUAAAAGAAAUAGUACAAAUGUAUAAUGAAAAACGUAACAAACCGUUUGGUCUUACAGAUAGAGCACAAAAACACUACAAAUGUUGGUAUAAUGAAACAUGACAUCAUUACAAUAGUUUGUUUGAUGCUAACAUGAACUCCAUAUUGUGGUUGUGAAAUACUGAGCUGGAUUUAUACUAAAUUUAUCUUAUCUAAUCAUUAAGUGUAUGUAUUAAAAUAACAGUUUCAAAUAAAGGGGCCUGAAUAUUAACAGCACAUUUCAAACGGAAAAUCUUCAAAUGACAUAGGUUAAAAUAGGUUGUUACUAUAUUGUUUUUGUAAAGGUCAUUGUUUCAAAGCAUCUCGUUUUCUGUGCGCAUUUGUUCAGAAUGUAUACCUGAAUGAUUGUUGUGACCAUCGCCGUAUGAACACAUUUAUUUAUGUAUCUUAAUUCUACAUUAAACGCUAUUUCCAUAGUAAAAUGCUGAGUAUUGAUUAAGCAGGUGGCAGGGUCGUGGGGGGGGGGGGUGCACAGGGAGCUGCAUGGUCGUUACUUUUUAUUUUCCAAUUUGCGCGAGAAUGAGCUCUUUUAAACAGAGUCUGCAGCAACUCCUUUUACUUGAAUGUGUUAUAUUUGCCAACCUUGAAUGUGUCUAUCUUAAAAAUUAUAAAUAAAAAGAUAGAAAAGAAAUAAAUAUAUUGUUAAAGUAAAAAAUAUGUGUUUGUUAGCAAGUAAGUCACAUGUAUAUAUUUUGUAUUAUACUUUAAGACAUGUGUGUGUGUGUGUGUGUUUUAUAUAUAUAUAAUCUAUUUUUGUCUAUACACUUUAAUAAAUGUUAGUUUAUGAGCUAUAUAUCUGACGUAAAAAUAAUCAUAAUAGCUUUUAUGAUAUGGCUUGUGGUUUACACGAAAUUAAAAUAAUGUUCUAAAACGAUAAGCCAGAGUCUGUUUGUUAUGAAAAUAAAAUUCAUUGACUUCA